AUGUGUGUGUACAUUUGCAGAUUUUAUCAGUCAGUGUUAAAUGAAAAAGACAAAGAACAACUUUUCUUUCUGGUGUUCUCGGAGCACAAGCCUGUGGCACAGGAAGCAGCAGACUAUGUAUUGCAAGUAUCGAGAGUGAUAAUGGAAGAAGAUGGCUCAAGUUUACUGGAAAACAUUGCUUGCUUCUUCAAGGAAUGUAAAUAUCAUGGAUAUGAAACACUGUAUGUGGACUCACUUUGGGACAUAUGUAAAGAACUAUGUGACUGGAAGGAAUUCAUAGAAUGUUUUUUGCGGCAAAAAGAUACAGACGCAAAGUCUGCAUUUUUGAGGAUCAUGGUGAGCUGUAUACAUAGAGCUGUGACAGGUGAAACACCUAGAUGUAAGGGAAGGAAAACAUUCCAGCAGACUGUUAUGACUAUUGAGAGAUCAAAAUCUAAAUUGAAAGAGGAAGAGAGGAAGGCAAUAACUGAAGUAUUUAUGGAUUAUCUCCCUGAGAUUAUAAAACAAAAUAUGAAAGAGGAAAUCAUCUUGAUAGAUUGUCUCAAAAUACCAUUAUAUAUGCAGACUGAUGUAUAUGGAUGCAACAUUAACCAGAAGCCACUUGAAGAACUUUUGGAUGCCUUAAAAGAAGUUGUCCUCUUCACAAAUGAUGAUAGUGUGCUAAACAGCAUUACAAAAGUAUAUGAUCUGUUCAGUUCCCCUGAAAUAGCAACUUUUAACACAACUGCUAUGAGAUGUGGAAUGUUGAUGGGGACUGUAACAGAUGCCACGAAAAAAGCAAUGGAAAAUUUUCAACACAUUGUGCAGGAAUCUAUGCCACCUGUUGCUGUUACCUAUGAAACUGAAAAAUGGACAAAAAAAGUGUCUUAUCUAAGCAAGUGUAUUGAUAUUAGAAGUUAUGACAUACUUAAUGAAAUGUUACAAUUUAUUGCUGCUGACAUUUCAGGAAGCUUUCCAGUUCCUGACGAGGUUAUGUGCUAUAUGCUUCAGAGUUGCUUUAAUGGGAUUAAGAUGAGUGUGGAAAAAUCUUCUGAAGCAGAUAAAAACAGCGAAAGUUUUAAAAACCUGAUAAAUGAUUUGCAGAAAUUUAUUCAACUUUUGACAGCUCUUAUGUCAUCCGAUAGUAAAACUCCAACUCAGAAAGAGGCCUUCAACAUCUUUUGUGAGCUUGUCUACUUUCUACAAGUGUUUUGCAGGAACUAUCCCAAUCUUUCUAACUUGCUGUAUAGACCUGAUGGAUAUGUGGAGGACAGAUUAAUAUAUAUUUUAAAAGAAUGGGUUUUUGCUCUGCCAGGCACACGUUUCACAGAUCCAUCAGAAGAAUCAGUAAGUGAAACUACAUUGGACGAACGUAAAAGGAUGUUGAAAGGGUACUGGAGUUUGAUAUCUUGCUGGACAUUACCCAUUGAUUCUGCAGAAUUCAUAUUCAAGCACUAUGCACAGUUUCCAGAAUAUGAAGAUUGUUUGCAGCAGAUGCUUCAGGUUUUAUUGAAAUUUGACACUAUACUGUGUGCUGAAGUUUUGGUUAAUACACUAUGGCCGAAGAGUAGUGUACCAGAAAGCUUGAAAUCUUCAAAAGGAAUGGCAAAAAAAUUUGCUGAUGUGUUUAAAGCAAAUUGUAGUGAAUGUCGAGAAGCUAUUGUUGCUCUCCAGAAGAGAGUGAUCUUUCACAUUAGUCAGCAUGAAAACUGCUCCAAAUAUCUUGAUUUUAUGGAGAUUUUUACUGACUUUGCUGAAAUGACUCACAUGUCUGAUGUUGACGAUAUACUUGAGUAUUUACAACAGAACGUGCCAACAGAGGAACUACGUCACAUAGGGGAGUCGGCACCAUUCAAGCAUUACAUUAACUGCUUAUUAAAAGUAAAGAAAAGUAUGUGAAACAUUCAGUCAAGCUCAUCUUCCUGUAAUCAACCUGCAACAAUAAAGCAUAGCCACCCAUAACUAGAUAUUCAAAACAGCAGAGAAACCAGAAUUUGUCUAUCCAUUCAGAAAAACUACCAAUAAAGUCUUGUUCUGUUGAAGAGAUCUAGGUCAGAAUUUAGAGUUUAUGGGCAAAUAUUGUUAAGAUGUUUAUCAAACUGCAUGUGUACAAAAAAUAUUCCUUUAGUUGCAAUUUUUUCAACUUAGUGUUGAAUGUCGGUUUAA